CGAGCCCGGCCCCCGCCCCUCCUCCCGCGGCCGCGCGCCGUCAGCGCGUCGCGGUGCCGGGCCCCCAAGAUGGCGCCGGGGCCGCAGCCCACCGCCGCCGAGCUGUACCGGCCCAACCAGUACGUCUCGCUGCCGGCCGAGCUCGACCCCCACGCCUACGACGCGUCGCCGGAGAAGCGCCGUGCCGAGGCCGAGCGCUUGGCUAUCCGCGCCCGGCUGAAGCGGCAGUACCAGCUGCAGCUCAACAACCCGAACCCACCGGUCGUCAUCGAAGAUCCUGCCGUCCUCCGCUGGGCCCAUGCUAGGACGCACAAUGUCUAUCCUACUUUCCGCCCGACGCCCAAGACGUCCUUUCUAGGAGUUGUUUUUGGUCUAGGCCCUAUCUUCUUCUGGAUUGCCGUCUUCAAAAUUGAUCGGGAUCAUAAAGAGAAGCUUAUCCAAGAAGGUAAAUACAACCGACCGUUCAGUAUGUUUUAAGUUCCUGGAAUUGCAGUGCUGAUCGUGAAAUAUAAAUAAAAUAAGAUGUAUUGUG